AUGCCGCUGCGGCAGCCUUCUCGAAUUGGCCUUGUCGCGCCAGUGAGCUCCCUCAUCUCGGACGGCUCCGACUCCACGUACCUGAAGAUCAGCUCGUCUCAGCUGGACGUCUAUGCUGGCACCCAGCGUGGCAUUACAGUGACCGCAAAUGGCGGCACACUGCAUGGUGCAUGGUCGGCAGAAGCCAGUAUCACAACGUCCGACAGGCGCCUCAAGCGCAACAUUCAGCCGCUGUACCAAACCAUCGCAACCAGAGCGCGCGAUCGAUGGGAAUCCGAUUCGGGAGCGCAGCCGGCAGCUGACAAGCUAAGCGAAGGUGAGCAGGUGAAGUGGUUGCUGCGUCCGAGCCUUAGACGCGAGCUGCGCCCAGUCUCCUUCCAACUGAAGCGGGGACCGGAAGCCAAGUACCUGAAGUUCGGUUUCAUCGCGCAAGAGCUGGAAGCAGUGUUCCCCAACUUGGUUCGGACGGUUGGGGACAACACGAAAGCGGUUGCCAGCCAGGACCUCAUCGCGGUGCUGACUCUCGCCUUCCAGAAUCUCCAGAAGGAGCACGAUGAUUACAAGAAGACGGUGCUUGACCAGCAGAGGGAAUUGGAAAGCCUCAAGCGGCGGCUGGAUCGCCUCGAAGCAGUGCAUAAGCAUAAGCAUUGGUCCAGAUGCAUGGCCCUUACGCGCUCAGCCAUGGCGGAGCUUGAACGACCUCGGGUAGUCGCUGCUCCGACGGGCUACACAUCGGCGGAGGAGGCAUUGCCCAUCCCAGCUGCGGAUGUUGCAUCCGCGCCUCCUGCAGAGGAAGUGGCCUCCGCACCACCGUCUGCUCCUCCCGCAGAAGCCACGGCACCACCGGCGGCUCCGAAGAGAGGGACAGCCUUGUCGAGAGAGGAGAGACGCGAAGCCGCCAUGUUUGCGGAGCUGUACUCCAUCAUGGUGGCCACAGAGCACCUGGAAGCAGCAUUUGUUCGUGGUGCCGUGUCUAAUCAGGAUUACGAGCGGACCUGCACACAACUCCUGACGCAGUUCAAGACCCUGAAGACUGGGCUGAAAGACAAGUGCCCAGACAUCCGUGCCUUUGCCAAGGAACAUGGGAUGAAUUGCCCGCUGGCAGAGGCACGCCUGCUGGAAACUGGCGUGGCCGCCACGGCCCUUUUUGGUGGCACAGCGACGACGGGCAAGGAAAGUUUGGCCUGUUUCAAGGCAUCUGAGGGCUUCAUCACCCUGGUAGAUGCCGUCAAGUUGAACAUGAAUGCCGUGGACGAGCUCCUGCCCCUCGUGCGAGAUCUGCAGGCGAGCAUUGUGGGCAUUCCCAACCUGCCACCACUCGCUGGCAUAGAGCGCAUUGCUGGGUGGCUUGUCACGCUCAACGGCAUGCGGGCCUCGGACCGCUUGACAGAGGAACAGACCCGGCAACUGGCAAUGGAUGUGGAGCAGGCCUAUACUUCGCUCAAGAACUGGCUGCAUGAGAAGACCUAG